GAGAGGAGCAGAGGUCUGUAGAGGUAGAGGUGCCGGCUUCGGAGCUUUCAGACUUCUGCUGGAAGUCUCCAAGUCAAGGUGAUCUACAAAGAAAUACUGAGUGGAGACUAUACUGAGCUUCUAUUAAAGACCCACUUGAAUUCAGCCCCCACUAGAAGAAACUUUGGCCAGAGCAACCAACACAUCACCUGGAAGUCUUCAGACUAGAGUAUUGAAGAGCUCCCAAGUGCUUCCAGAAGCCAAUAAAGGAUCAUUUCAGUCUACUUCACGGCUAAGCAGUAACCCUUAAGUACCAUGGCCCAAAACCUGCAAGCAGAGUUGUCCUGUCCAGUUUGCCUGGAUUUUUUCUCCUGUCCCAUUUCUCUCUCUUGUACACACAUUUUCUGCUUUGAUUGCAUCCAGAAUUGGAUCCUAGAAAACCAUGAUUUUAGAGCGAUGUGCCCCUUGUGUCGAGAUGUGGUGAAGGCACCUCCUUUGGAAGAAUGGCAAGUGAGAGCCAUAGCACUUAUCGCCAAGCAGCAUGAUAACCGACUGGUGCAAACUCUGCACGUGAGGGAGGAGCUCCAGCAUUUUCGGGAAGAUGUGACCCUGGAUGCAGCCACUGCCAGCUCCCUCCUUGUCUUCUCCAGUGAUCUAAGAAGCGCUCAGCGUGGGAAGAUCCACCACGACCUGACAAAAGAUCCUAGGCUGACCUGUGUCCUGGGUACUCCCUGCUUCUCCUCCGGCCAACAUUACUGGGAGGUUACAGUGGGAGAGGUGAAGUCAUGGUCCCUGGGCGUCUGCAAGGAGUCGGCUGACAGAAACAGCAGUGAUUUAUCCCCUGAGCAUGGCUUCUGGAUCAUUAGCAUGGAGGCAGGAGCAAUCCAUGCUAACACCGACCUGGAGAGAAUUCCUGCAAGCCCUAGCCUUCGUCAUGUGGGAAUUUUCCUGGAUGUUGACUUUGAAGAAAUCCAGUUUUUCGAUGUUGACAAUAAUGCCCACAUCUAUACCCAUGAUUCUUUCUUCUCUUUGGAGCCUUUGCGUCCAUUCUUCUGUCUUGAGCUCUUGGGAGAAGGGGAGAGUGGCAACGUCCUGACCAUCUGCCCAUGAGAAAAUCAGCCCUUCUUAGAAGCUUUCUAAGAGGUGAAAGAGAAUUUUCGCCUGAGAAAGGUCAGCA